GCUUCUUUCUCUGCUUUCUUUUCCCCUUUUUUCUUCAAUAGCUACCGUUUUUUCGUUUUUCUUCUUCUUUUUUCUCUACAGCAACACUAAACAGUAACAGCAAAAGACUUUAUACUUUUUGCAAUAUGACUCGAAAGAACAGUACCACAUCGGGCCCUGAUGGCGACCCUGAUUGUACCGAGCUUUUGGAGGACGAUUCACGCAGCAUCCUCAUGGGAAUCAUAGCACAGCUUGGCAAGGGCACUGAUCUCCAUCGAGUUACUCUACCUACAUUUGUGCUGGAGCCACGCAGCAUGUUGGAACGGAUCACGGAUUUUAUGAGCCAUCCUGAACUAUUACUAGAAGCCACCACACACACUGAUCCUUUGGAGCGAUUUAUUGGGGUUGUCCGUUUCUUUUUGUCCGGCUGGCAUAUCAAGCCCAAAGGUGUCAAAAAACCGUACAAUCCUGUUCUUGGUGAGAUAUUUCGAAGUCGCUGGCGUUAUGCGAAUGGUACCGAAGCAAUUUACGUUGCAGAGCAGGUGUCACAUCAUCCACCGAUCAGUGCGUAUCAUUAUGCGAGCCCAGAAAAUGGAGUCACUAUUCAGGGUAACCUGAGACCCAAGCCAAAGUUCCUGGGUAACAGCGCAGCGACUCUUAUGGAAGGCUUUUCUACAAUCACUAUGGCACGUUGGGAUGACGAGAAAUACUGUAUCACUAUGCCGAAUGUCUAUGCUCGAGGAAUUUUAUUUGGAAAAAUGAUCAUGGAGCUUGGUGACAGCUGUUACGUUAAAUGUCCUGAAAAUGGAUUCGUUUGCGAACUGGACUUUAAAACCAAAGGCUUUUUCUCCGGGCAGUACAAUGUGGUCACUGGCAAAAUAAAAAACGAAGCGACAGGUCAAGUGCUUAAAGAGAUAUCCGGAACAUGGUCGAAUGAACUGUUCAUCAGCCCUCCCAAAUCGUCCAAGAAACAGUCGCUAUUUGAUGUGAAGAAGUCAAUGAUCCAUCCCAUGAUUGUGGAACAUGAGCACCGACAGGAAGAUCAAGAAUCCCGAAGGCUGUGGGCGAAAGUGACAGAUGCAAUCAAGCGGCAGGAUAUGGACGUUGCAACCGAUGAAAAAAUGUCGAUAGAGGAUCGGCAACGGGCAGAAGCUAAAGAGCGUCAGAAACAAGACAAUCAAUUCGAAUCACGAUAUUUUGUCCUGAAUAGCGCCAAUGAAUACGUGCUCAAAGCAUCGUCUUCUGGUGAUGCCGUUGGAAGCGCUGGCGAUGACGGCGCGACCACUACUACAAUUGCGAAUUUAGACGCAUUUGUUUUCGGCUCUUCUUCGGUAAAAGGAAACCCAUCCAGCACCAACAACAAUUAAAGCGAUCAUCAGCCAGAUAAUAAUACAAGUGCGAUCACUGCUAGCUCAAACAACUGCUGCUGCUGAUGUUGUUGAUGAUGGAUUAUGGCAAUAAAUUGUUGUGCAUGACAUACAAAUGUUGCUGUUGUUCACCUUAUUGUAAAACCAUGUGUAUCUCUGUCACGAGAGAAUGUUCAUCUUUGUGAAUAGAGGAAAAAGGGAAAGGUGUAUACAUUCUAAAGCUCAGCCACUAUACUACUUUAAAAAGGAAUUUGAGAGCCUUUGUUGGCUAAAUAUGAUGUAACCACCGCAUAUCUUUUUUUUCUGAGAUGAUCAGCA